AUGUAUCACCAAGUUUUAGUAAAUGAAGAACACAGGAAUCUUUUACGAUUUCUGUGGUUUGAUAACCAUGACUUAGAUGGUGACAUUGUUCAAUAUAGGAUGACUGUUCAUCUAUUUGGUGCUAGAAGCUCUCCAUCUGUUGCAAACUAUGCUUUGAAAGCUACUGCUGAUAGAUUUAAGGAUAAAACUACUGAAAAGGCAGCAGAGUUCAUUAAAGAAGACUUUUAUGUGGAUGAUGGCUUAAAGUCUGUAGCUACAGUGGAGGAAGCCAUAAACUUAGCCAAAGACAGUCAGAUGAUAUGUAAAAGGGGUGGUUUCCAUUUGCACAAAUUUGUUGCCAAUAAUGCUGAAGUUUUAAAGGCUAUGUGCCCUGAUGAAGUUGCUCAAUCAGUCAAGAAUCUUGAUUUAACAAAAGAUAAAUUGCCAGUGGAACGAACAUUUGGUAUGGAGUGGUGUACUGAAACAGAUACAUUUAAUUUUAAUGGCAAACCCAUUCAAAGGCCUAGUACUAGAAGGAAUGUUUUAUCCAUAGUUAGCUCUAUUUUUGAUCCUCUAGGCAUGAUAUCACCAUUCAUUCUUACAGGUAAGAAAGUUUUGCAAACCUUAUGUAAACAAGACCUUGGCUGGGAUGAUCCUAUUCCUGAAACUGUUAUUGCUAAAUGGGAAAACUGGUUAAGUCAAUUACCCAAAUUGAAAGAUAUUAAAGUUGAGAGAUGUUAUAAACCAGCCAACAUGAAUGUCAUAGACUAUGAAUUGCAUCAUUUUUCUGAUGCUAGUGAGAAGGGUUAUGGUCAAUGCUCAUACUUAAGAAUGACAGAUGCAAAUGGACAAGUACAUACUAGGUUAGUUAUAGCUAAAUCAAGAGUGUCUCCCUUGAAAACUUUUACUAUACCUAGGUUAGAACUCACUGCUGCAUUAGCAUCAGUGAAGAGUGCGCAAAUCAGAAAUCACACCUUACCUGAACAAUGGAGAUAUGUUUCCUCAAGUGAUAACCCUGCUGAUUUAUGUUCAAGAGGCAUGUCUGUUCAUGAUCUUGACUAG